AUGGCUCCUCCAGCAGUUUUAAGUAAAUCCGGUGUUAUCUACGGUAAAGAUGUCAAAGACUUGUUUGACUAUGCUCAAGAAAAAGGUUUCGCCAUUCCAGCUAUCAAUGUCACCUCAUCUUCAACUGUUGUUGCUGCUUUAGAAGCUGCCAGAGACAACAAAGCUCCAAUCAUCUUGCAAACUUCUCAAGGUGGUGCUGCUUACUUUGCCGGUAAAGGUGUCGACAACAAAGAUCAAGCUGCUUCCAUUGCUGGUUCAAUUGCUGCUGCUCAUUACAUCAGAUCAAUUGCUCCAACUUAUGGUAUUCCAGUUGUUUUACACACUGAUCACUGUGCCAAAAAAUUAUUGCCAUGGUUUGAUGGUAUGUUAAAGGCUGAUGAAGAAUUCUUUGCCAAAAACGGUAUUCCAUUGUUUUCAUCCCAUAUGUUGGAUUUAUCUGAAGAAACUGAUGAUGAAAACAUUGCUACUUGUGCCAAAUAUUUCGAAAGAAUGGCUAAAAUGGGUCAAUGGUUAGAAAUGGAAAUUGGUAUCACUGGUGGUGAAGAAGAUGGUGUCAACAAUGAACACGUUGAAAAAGAUGCUUUAUACACUUCCCCAGAAACCGUCUUUGCUGUCUACGAAGCUUUACACAAGAUUUCUCCAAACUUUUCUAUUGCUGCUGCUUUCGGUAACGUCCAUGGUGUUUACAAACCAGGUAAUGUGCAAUUGAGACCAGAAAUCUUGGGUGAUCACCAAGUUUACGCCAAGAAACAAAUUGGUACUGAUGCUAAACACCCAUUGUACUUGGUCUUCCAUGGUGGUUCUGGUUCUACUCAAGAAGAAUUCAACACCGCUAUCAAGAAUGGUGUUGUUAAAGUUAACUUGGAUACUGAUUGUCAAUACGCUUACUUGACUGGUAUCAGAGAUUACGUUGUCAACAAGAUUGAAUACUUGAAAGCUCCAGUUGGUAACCCAGAUGGUGCUGACAAACCAAACAAGAAAUUCUUUGACCCAAGAGUCUGGGUUAGAGAAGGUGAAAAGACCAUGUCCAAGAGAAUUUCUGAAGCUUUGGAUAUCUUCCACACUAAAGGACAAUUGUAA